AGCACCAUUUUAGCCAAUGACAUCUUAAAACGUUAUUAAUCAAUCACUUUGCCCCUCUUUCUCUCCCUCUCUCAACAGACACUCUUUCUCCAUUUUCUCCUUUGUAGAAUUUCUUGUUACUCAUUUUAAUUCUUGGUUUUCUACAAUAAAAUUUUCUUUUCACUUCCAAAUUUUCUCUAAAUUUCUUAAACAAGACCUAUUUUUUUUUAAUUACAAUUUCAGAAUUUUCCUUGAAUUUUGGAAAGUUGGAUUGCCUUUUCUAGAUUCCUCGCCCUCUCACUUAUUGUUAUAAAAAAAAAAAAUCAAGAUUCCCUUCCUAUGCUUCUCUAAAUGCCUCUAAGAGCAUAAAAAGACCCCUCCAACUUCUCAUCACUUAUCAAGAAAACAAAAAGGGGUUGUUGUUUAAGUGGUAUUCUCCACUAUACAUGAUCAAGAAAACAUGAAUAGUGAAAUGGGAUUUCUAUCCCCUGCAACAUACAUCAAGAACUCGAGUUGGUUAUUUGAGGAAAACAAAGGAACAAGAUGGACACCUGAAGAGAACAAAGUGUUUGAAGAAGCGCUUGCGUUGUUCGAUAAGGAUACACCGGAUAAAUGGUAUAAUGUAGCUGCCAUGAUUCCAGGGAAGACAGUGAAUGAUGUGAUCAAACAGUAUAGAGAAUUGGUAGAUGAUAUUAGCGAUAUUGAGGCAGGACUAAUACCUGUACCUGGCUAUACAACUAGUAAUUCUUUUACAUUAGAGUGGGUUAAUAAUCAAGAUGGUUUUCAUGGAUUCAAGCAAUUUUAUGGUCCUUCUGGGAAGCGUGGCUCGUCAAAUCGAUCUUCUGAACAUGAGAGGAAGAAAGGUGUGCCAUGGACUGAGGAAGAGCACAGGCAAUUUCUGUUGGGGCUGAAAAAGUAUGGAAAAGGAGACUGGAGAAAUAUUUCGCGGAAUUUUGUGACCACAAGAACUCCAACUCAGGUAGCUAGCCAUGCUCAGAAAUACUUUAUUAGGCAGCUUUCCGGUGGAAAAGAUAAAAGGAGAUCAAGCAUACAUGAUAUCACAGUUGUCAAUCUUACGGAAUCUAAGUCGACUUCCCCUGAGGAUCAUAAAUCUGCCCCUACUCCACAAGCGCAACAGCAUUCACAAAUGAAUGGUAUGGUAAAAACACUAUGUGAGUAUAAUUCACCAAAUCAAGAAUCAGACAUAACAUUCAACUCAUCAAGUGGUGGUGGUCUGAUUACCAUGCCUUUUCGAGGGGCUCCAUCUUAUGAACUCGAGCAUGGAAUGCAUAACAUUGCUCUACAAGGUCUUCAGUUUGGUAACUAUAAUACUAUGUGUUGAGUCGGGAAAAGGUUCAAAGUUCAGUCCUUGUUGGUCAGGAGCAGUGAGGAUUCAUAUAGCGUCUCCAACUUGCUUGGAAUUGGGACGUAGGUGUUGUUCUCGUUUGUUAAUAACACAAGCGGAGACAGCCCCUACUAGACAAGAUAUGCUUUAGUUAGUUCAUAUUGCAACCAACGGGGGGUUGCUCAUUAUUUAGGAAAAUUUUGAGCCAUUUCCUUGCACUAGUUGUCUGCUGUGUUUCUCCAAAGUGUGAAUGAGGUUGAUUUCAAUAGAUUUGCUGACUAAGUUGGUUUUGCAACUAAUACAAAAAGUUCCCGGAAAAAGGAUAACUCAACACAAUCAAGCUAAUUAUGAAGCUGCCAAGUUGAUAAGGUCAACAAAGUUCCAGCAAAUAAAUUUUUCCUCACAAACUUGUGGUAGCUCUAGUCAUUAGUGAAAACAUCUAGUAUGCUAGGUGUUUAAUAUCUUUCUCUUUUAUAGUUAGUCUCAGUUAUUUAUUUUGCUUCUGUUGCAAAGAAGAGAAAUUUAUGGAAGGGCUGAAUUUCUUUAGAGAAAAUAAAGAAGGAACUAGUUUUCAACACUCAAAA